GCAUUUCAUUGCUAACCUCCCUUCAACAGACAAGAGUUGAUCGACCAGCAAGCAACUGAGCUGUCAGUGGCCAGUGCAAGCCUUUCAGUUCUUUUCUUUCACAUUUGUGCUGUAUUUUGGUGCCUAGUGGGUGUGCUAAGUGUCUUCGGCCGUCUUUUGUUUCUAUUAGGUGCUACAAAACAAAACUUUCAGGAUGCCGGCAGCAGCGCCCCCCGCCGAAAAUGGCGCGCCUCGCAGCGAGCUCGAGCAGCUCCAAAUGAAAGCCGGUCAAGUUACCGAUGAGUCAUUGGAGUCGACCCGGCGUAUGAUGCAACUAUGCGAAGAGAGCAAGGAGGCCGGCAUUCGUACUCUGGUCGCUCUAGACGACCAGGGAGAACAAUUGGACAGAAUCGAGGAGGGCAUGGAUCAGAUCAACGCGGACAUGCGCGAGGCGGAAAAGAAUCUGUCGGGGAUGGAGAAAUGUUGCGGCAUCUGUGUUCUGCCAUGCAACAAGGGAGCAUCAUUCAAGGAAGACGACGGUACGUGGAAAGGCAACGACGACGGCAAAGUGGUGAACAACCAACCGCAGCGAGUGAUGGACGAGCGCAACGGCAUAGGUCCACAAGCGGGAUACAUAGGCAGGAUAACAAAUGACGCUCGCGAAGAUGAGAUGGAGGAGAACAUGGGGCAAGUGAACACCAUGAUCGGAAACCUGCGCAACAUGGCGCUCGACAUGGGAUCCGAGCUCGAGAACCAGAACCGCCAGAUUGAGCGCAUCAACCGCAAGGGCGAAAGCAACGAGACACGCAUAGCGGUCGCAAACCAGCGGGCGAACAAGCUUCUCAAGUCCUAAGCGCACCCUACGCGACCCUUACCCAAAUGACGCUACCACUUGCAAUCCAAAACGCCAAUAACGUAGUAUUCGAAGGCUUUGUCUAUAUCUGUAAUAUGAAAUAUAAAAAAUUGGCCGACAUACUGUAAAAUGAAUUCAAUCCUUCAUUAUAUCAGAUAUAGACAAAAUGUUCCCAUUCUAAAUUACUUAAAUAAACAUAAUAUUUGUUUCUUAUCUGAAAUUAACUUAAUAUAUCAAAGAAAUAUUUUGAUGCUGAUUGAACACAUAAUUAAUAUUAAGACGUAUGGCAAUAAGUAAUAUAAAGAUCUGAUCAGUCUUAUUUAGAAUGGAAGAACAUAAUACUGACGUAUUUUUCACUUAUUAGACCGUAUUUGACGCAAUAUUAAAAUAACUUUUUGUACUAGUGAUAGCAAUAUGUUUGGUAAGCGUCAUUUUUGUCUCAACAAUGAAAUGGCUGUAAUAAUGGUAAGUACAGUUGCAUAGUCCUAUAUUUUCAUCUGUUAUGCAUUUAAUGUUGAGGUUCCAAACUAGUGAGUACAUAUCAAAACGAGAAGUUGAUGUUGCUGUGUCUAAUAAUGUUGCUAUAUUAUGUAGAAAGUUUAAUAUUUAAUAGGCUUUGACCCUAAUACAACGUGAUCCUAUUUCAGUUUUCAACUUAACUGUACUUACCUCACGAUUUUGCACAAAUAUUUGAACUCUCACUCACGGUUCACAAAAAAAGUUUGUAUUAUAUGUAUAAUUUAUUUUAUAACUCCCAUUAAUGUUAGUCAUGGUUUAAGUUAUUUAUUUUUAUUUACAUACAUAGUUUAGUUAGCUCAUGAAAUGGCUAUCGGUAAACUGAUUUGCGUGGUAGAAUUUUUGUUCCAGUAAUGUGCCAAAAUAUACUUUUUCUACUUUUACUUACUCAUAAAUAUUUAACAAUUUUUUUUUUAUCAAACUACUAUUCUUCUUUUGAUCGAAUCAUUGAUAUGAAAUCUAUAAAUAAAAAUAAAAGUUUUGUAGUCAGUUCUUGUUGUAAUAAAAUUUGACGCUCAAUAUCAAAUUAAUAAAAUCUAGUUAACACCUUUGAGUGACUCGUAUUCAAUAUAAUAUGCAAUAUAUUAUCAUAUUGGAUGUCUUCAAAAACUAUUAAAGAAUAAAUAAAUUUAUAGCGUUUGUAUCUAAGAUAUUUACUCAAAAUCGGGAUGUUAAUUUUCUUAUUAUGAAGCUGUUUUACUGUGAUUAAGCUUUUAUUAUGAAUUGUCUUAUUAUUGACGAUGCUUUUUAUAGUUUUUUAGAUUAAGAUAAUGGUGCCUGAAUUAUAUUUCAAUUUAUCAGUUAAACGUAGUCACGAGUUGCAUUUAAUAUUUUAUAAGUUUCAGAAUUGUAGCCUCAAUCUUAUUUCAGUUUAAACUACGUAGGAACGUAAUAAACCAAUUAUAUAAGGCGUAUAAUGCGGUGAUAAAUGCUUCGACCUUCGUACCAACCAAUACAUAAACUAAUUAAGGUUUAAUAACCUUAUUUCUUUAAAAAUAGUUACUGUUAUUACUAGAUAUUAUAGACCUGGCUUCAAUAUGACAUAAGGUAUAAAAGUGGUAGCACUUUCACAGUAUAAUGCGCCUUAAGGACGUUUUAUACGGAUCGUCUGUUGUUUACAAAGCCCUAAGGUCAAUGUUACAGUUGAGAACCCAUUAAUGCGAACAACGUCCACUCCGUAUAAACUGACCGUUAUUUAAAACAAAUACUAUAACGUUGUAAUGUGAUUACAACACAUGCAAUAGUCUAUUAUCUAUUAUAGUUGAAAAUUUAAAACUUUAUUAUUACUUAAAGUGUAUUGUUGUAAGUAUGACGAAUAACAUGUACCGGCCUUAGAGAUAAUGAACGUAGGAAUGUUAAAGGCGAGGCUUGACAAAUUAUACUAUAUUCGUGUACCAGGUAGCCGUAAGUUUUCGAAAUUUCUCUAUGUCUUUUCUCUCAAUCGUAUUAGUUUCUAAGAGAUAAGGUGCGUGCAUUCGCACUAUUAAAAGUUUAUCUAAGUAAAUAUUUUAAUAUCAACAUAUUUUAAACCGUGUUGUCUUGUAACCUCAUAGAUUGUUUUUGUAACAGCUACUCAAUUUAUCCAAUAGAUGUGUAAUUUAACCGCCUGCAUACUCUGUAUCUGUUUUUAUUCAGCCUAAAUAUAUAUAAUACUUAGGAUAAAGUAAUUAUAUCUAUUUUUCUUUAAGAAUAGAUAUAUAUAUAAUAACGGAUAGUAUAAAAUGUUAAUUUCUAAUUACAUUAUUGAUUUGUUAAAUUACAAAACCUAUGUUUCAUUUAUAUUUUACCUGAACCACAAAAACUCGUUAGAAUGAUAACAAAAACACUUUUCAUAUAAAAUAAUUCACUUUAUUAAAUGUAGGAAGACUAAUUACAAUGUCAUUUACCAGAGUAAUUACAAAGUCAUUUUGUACCGUUCAGUGAAUUUGUUACAUUAAUAAGAAAGCCAUUUAAAUUCGUAGGUAAGAUAAUUAUACAAAAUAUUAAUUCUUUUGCUCUAAACACGGGGGAUGGCACAUCAAGCGAAACACUGUCAUCUUAUGUAAGUUGUAAUAGGUGCGAUUUUGCAUUAAAAAUGUAUAGUUCGAUGUGCUAGGGACAAAAUUGUUCAACUAAUACCUUAUAGAUAUCCUAAAUCAGUCUGUAAACAAUUCAGGAACCUUA